AUGUCUGAUUCUUCUGAAGAUGAAGAUCUUUCACGUUUUAGAGAAGUAGUGGACACAUCGUUUACUAAGUUAAUUAACGAAUCACGCGGACUUGCUACAAAAGACGUUCAUGAUAAUAACAAAGAAAAACCGAAAUCUGAAAGAUAUUUGGAAGUAGCAUCCCAUUACAAUGAUGUUAAAGUUCCUGAAGAAAUGCAGAAGCGAAUUGGUGCUAAAGUAUCUGCUAUUAUACAGAAGAAAAUACAAUUUGUAGAUAUUCAGAAUGAAACGAAAAAAAGGAAGAUUAAAGGUGGUAUAAAACUGUUUAGCAGUUCUGAAGGAUUUUUAUCAUGUGAAGAGGUAAAGGAUACCUACACUGACACUCAUAACGCUGAAUCAAAAAAACUCAAGAAUAAAAGAAGACAAAUUGAUCCUGAAGAGGAUGUUAAUGAAAAUGAUAAAUUAAAAGCUGUUCUACUUGAUGGAGACUACAUCUUGUCUAAGGAAGAAACAAAACUAUGGAAGUCAAGGAGAAAAGAGAAACUCUUUAAAUAUAAAGGUAACAAGAAAAGUAAGGUAUUAACUGAAGUGGCAUAG